UUUGACGUUUCACUUAAAAAAAUUCAACGAUUCACAGGUUGAUUUUCUGAAAUCGACUUUAUAUUUUUAUUUCUAAGUAUAUAAAAAACUUGAAAGUAUUUAAUAAUGGGUGAAGUAUCAUUAGAAACAUCGGCUUACGCCAAAAUUAUAUUGCACGCCGCAAAAUACCCACAUUGCGCUGUGAACGGAGUCCUUCUUGCAGAUGGGUCUAACAUCAAAUCUGGUAAUAAAAACCAAGAUCUGGAUAUAGUUGAUUCGAUACCGUUGUUCCAUCACAGCCAUUACGUGUCCCCUAUGGCAGAAAUUGCAUUAACUCAGAUAGAACUACAGGCACAGCAAGAUAACAGAGUAAUAGCAGGCUACUAUGCCGCCUGUGAGAACUUCAGAGACAAUACAGUGGAAAAGUGUCCUGGACAGAAAAUUGCUGAGAAGAUUGUUGAAUAUUUCCCAUCUGCUGUGUUUAUAGUGGUUGAUAACAAAAGAAUGGUGCAGAACCUGGACACACCUGCUAUCAAGAUACAUAAGUACAGCGAAGGAAAAUGGAAACCAAAAGAUGCCAACAAAGUGCUAUUCCAGAGUCAGUAUGUACUGGAGACAGUGUCUCAUUUGUUGCAAAGGCGAGUUCAGAAGGACCUGGUGGACUUUGAUAACUAUCUGGAUGACUCAACUCAAGAUUGGACCAACUUGGGCAUAGAGAAACUCAUUGCUAGCAUUAAUGCAUCAAAUGCCAUAGACAAGGAAAAGGAUUCUGAAUAAGGUAUUAACUAUUAACUUCUUCAAUCCACAAUUUAUUUAUGGUAACAAAAUGUACCUACCCAAAGUGUUUACUUUUGCACUAAUAUGUAUUUUUUUUGUUAUUUAUUUUAUUAUCAAAUGUAGAAUUGGAUUUUUUCAGGAUAUUUUGACUAGGUAGCUAUAUGGGUCAGGAAUGGCAGAACUAUAAAAUGUAUUACACUAGUCAAUGAAAAAUCAAUCUGCAAUAUUUUUCCUUUCAGUCUAAUGAAUAUUUUUUAAUGAAUAUUUUUUAAUUUUUCAUUUUUUUUUUUUUACUGACACUAAAUAUUAAAUGAUCACUUGAAUGACAAUGAGACCUUCUAAUUACAUUCGGUACUGAUCACACUGUUGCAAUUGUAUAGAAACCAAAAUCAACUAUUGUGUGGCAGGGAGACCAAACUACCAGCAGUGCCUGAGGCUUGUGCCCCUGGGAGCUGGUUUAAAGGGAACCCCCUUUUGAUUAUAGUCAACCUCUCCUAUCUAAAUCCUAUCUCCUAUAAAAAAAAGUGGAUGCACAAUCAGUGACCAAAAUCGUCCCCGCUCAAUGAGUGCCAAACACAACUUCUUGGCACUCAACUCAAGUAGUAGCAUUUGUAAAAUCAAUCUUAAACUCAAUCUAAUUUAUGGUUGAAUUUGCUCUGAAUUUGGAAUUUUAUUGAAUUUACACCUUUAGGUGUAAUUUUCUUUACCAAUAAUUCUAAAACUAUCAAAGCAAAAUUGGUGAGUUUUCAAGUGAAAUUUUCUACAUGAUUGUGUGUCCUUUUAUUAUAAGAGAUCAAUGCAGUCAACACUAGCAUUUACUGCUUGUGUUGCCUUCCCAGCCAAGUAUUUACUGUCUUAUUAGGUAAUCUUGUAUUUUUUCGAUUGAAAAUUACCUACAUAUAAUUAAAAAUUAAAAACUGCUGUUUUUGCGGCAUAAUUAUUAUAGGUGUUUAAUAUUAAUUGAAUAUAAAUAAGAUGUGUAUAUGUAAGGGUGUAUGUAAUUGUCACAUUUAUUGGUUGUUUAUAUUUUGGUUUAUGUUGUAAAGUAUGGUGUAUAAAAUGUAUUUUAAAUAUUCAAAAUAUAUAUUUAUGAAUUAAGUUAUAAAUAAAUAGUUAUACUUUAUAACUUUCGCCACAUAUAAAGAGCAAAUGUACAAUUUUCUUGUUGCCGAUUCAUGCAAAUAUGUAUUAUUGUUUCAAUAAUUUUAAUAAUAAAAUGAGUAAAAAGGACUAUAAAAUAGUAGUAUAUGUUUGUUUAAAAAAGUUUGUCACAAAUGCAUUGAGACUUACCCAAAUUCAAAUUGUUUUGUGAUACAAAGUAUGCCAUCUUAGACUGCAUCAUCACUUACCAUCAAGUGAGAUUGUAGUCAAUGGCUAACUUGUAAAGAAUAAAAAAAAAAAGUACCAAAAUGGAUUUCUAUCACAAUUGAAUAAUUUAUUAAUUAAAUGAGUGAUGAAUUUUAUUCUUUUGUCAGUUUGCUGGCAUUUGGAAAUUUUGUACGUUUGUUUUUUAUAUUAGUAAAAAAUGGAAAAAGAUUAUGAUCACAUAAUUUAUUGUUUUUUAUGAAUUCGAUCAUAUUAUUUGAACAUAAUCUUAAUUCAAAAUUAGUUAAUUUUAUCUAAAUAUUUUAGUAAAGAAUAGUAAAAUUACAUACAAUAAGAUGUUUAUUUUUUCCUGUAUAGUCAUUCUAUUUUUGGAAGUCUGGUUAGCUUUGGAUAGGGAAUUGACACCUGUCUCUAUACACUCCCAGGCAAUACGUCUUCGCCGCCGAAGACUAGGUCCCUGAUAUAUGACGUCACCCGGACUGAUACGCUCAUGCCAAAACACAAGACGACGGCCUCCAUGCCGCAGCGGUAAGCGCGGUGGGUUUACAAGACGAAGGUCCUGGGUUCGAUCCCCUUCUGGGCCGAUUGAGGUUUUCUUAAUUAGUCCAGGUCUGGCUGGAAGGCUUCGGCCGUAGUUACCACCCUACCGACAAAGACGUACCGCCACGCGAUUUAGCGUUCCAGUACAAUGUCGUGUAGAAACCGAAAAGGGUGUGGAUUUCCAUCCUUCCCCUAACAAUUUAGCCCGCUGCCAUCUUAGAUUUGCAUCAUCACUUACCAUCAGGUGAGAUUGCAGUCAAGGGCUAACUUGUAAAGAAUAAAAAAAGAAAACAAAACAGAAUAGCCUUCUAAGCCGACCUUAGAGAAUCGUUCCGCCCUUUGUUCUUCUACAUCUUCAGCAGUGGCUUGCACUUCAAACUUUCUACCCUGAGGAUCAAUUACGAACCUGUAUUGGAGUAAUUUUCCAUUUUGUACAAUUGGUACGUGUAAUGCAUACCCUAGUUGAAAAGCUUAUGUACGCCACUGAUCUUUAACCAUCGGGACUUAUCAUAUUAAUUGAUUAUGAAACACGGCUAAAACUCACGUGAUAUUAGGUCGAAGUAUGCCCGACUAGUUUCGAACCCAUACGGGGCCCCUAGUCAUGAGCUGGUUCUUGCAUCGCGGCACGAUCCAAACUGCGAAGCGGCUGCACGACGCGCCGCUGCUCGCAUUGCGCGCUGGGAGAGGGGUUGAGUGGUGGGGAGUGAAGGUUCCGUUACACUCUCCGACAGUUCAUUAAUGUCUUAUCAUUUGGGUCGCUGAGGUUCCAUCAAGGAGCCUAAGGCACUUACACAAUCACAAAAAAAAAUUACAACCAAAGCAAAACUACUUCCAGAAGAAUAUCUAUAUACAUAAUGUAAGAGAAAAUGUUAUUGUUACUGUUAUGUUAAAUUAUUCAACCAGCAUUUAUUUAUAUAAAAUGAAAUAAAACACGAUAUAAGUA